GGCGCCCCGGGAGACUCUGGUUGCUAUGGUGAUGACUCCGCUCGGGGGCCCAGUGCCACGGGUUUUCAAGGACUAAAGGAGGGUCCAGACCCCGCCCCCGACGUCGGGAUUCGAAAGCUGCGAGCCAGUCCCGCGAGGCCCAGCGUUGCUGUGGUGAUUUGCAGCGGCCGGCCCGCGGGAACCCAGUCUUUGCAGCUUUGGACACUGGAAGAAUGAGGUCUUCUUGGACCCCUUUGGGGCCCCCUGUGAGCCAGGACCGCAUCAUCACCAGCUUCCCAAAGUGGUACACACCUGAUGCCUGCCUGCAGCUCAAGGAACACUUCCACAGCCACGUCAGCACAGCCUGCCAGCAGAGGAACACGGGCACUGCUGGGCUCAGACUCUCCAAGGUGGUGGUGGUUGGCGAUCUCUAUGUGGGGAAGACCAGCCUCAUCCACAGGCUGUGCAAGAAUGUUUUUGACCGCGAUUACAAGGCCACUAUCGGGGUAGACUUUGAAAUCGAGCGUUUUGAGAUUGCGGGGAUCCCCUACAGCCUGCAGAUCUGGGACACAGCCGGGCAGGAGAAGUUCAAAUGUAUUGCAUCUGCCUACUACCGCGGGGCCCAGGUGAUCAUCACAACCUUUGACCUCACUGACGUGCAGACUCUGGAGCACACCAGGCAAUGGCUGGAGGAUGCACUGAGGGAGAAUGAGGCAGGAUCCUGCUUCAUCUUCCUCGUGGGAACCAAGAAGGAUCUCCUGUCAGCGGCAGCGUGUGAGCAAGCGGAAGCAGAGGCAGUGCACCUGGCCAAUGAGAUGCAGGCAGAGUACUGGUCCGUAUCAGCCAAGACGGGAGAGAACGUGAAGGCAUUCUUCAGCCGUGUUGCAGCCCUAGCGUUUGAACAGUCUCUUCUUCAGGACCUAGAGAAGAGGCCCAGUGCCCAGGCCCAGGUCGGAGGUGGAGAUGGAGACCUAAUCCGAAUAGAGGUACCUAAGACCCAGGAGAACAAGAGGCCACCUAGCCUGGGCUGCUGCUAGCUAAGACCAGCAUCAGUGCCAUCUAC